CUUGCUCAAUGAUCGAACAUAUUGAUUUCCGUAUGAUUUUAUCACCAGAAAACAAUAUUAUCAUCAGUUUUUUGUUGUUGUUGUUAUAAAUGUUGAAAUUCUUAUAAAUAAUGACACCGAAACCAUCGACAAUUCCGGCCAUUCAUCAUCAACAACAACAACAAGAAAAUUCAUCAACAACAACAGUAAUAACAACAAAUAAAAUGAUUAAACGACAACCAUUAUCAUCAUUUGGUGAUCAUUAUCGUAUUGGUGAAGAGAUUGGCAGUGGAAAAUUUGCCAUCGUUAAACGCUGUGUACGAAUCAUCGAUAAUGAAGAAUUAGCUGCCAAAUUUAUACGUAAAAGUCGUUUUGGUCGUAUGGGACAAAAAUUAGAAGAUAUUGAAUUAGAAAUUGCCAUACUUUCAGAUCUAAAUCAUACGAAUAUUAUCAAAUUAAUCGAUGUUUUUGAAGAUAAUCAUCAGGUUGUUUUGAUAUUUGAAUUAAUGAAAGGUGGUGAACUACAAGAUUAUAUUGCCGAAAAUGAAUAUCUAUCCGAACAAGAAACUAUAUUUUUAUUGAAACAAAUUCUUGAUGCAUUAGCAUAUAUGCAUGAAAAAUCUAUUGUACAUUUAGAUCUGAAACCGGAAAAUAUUUUACUUGAUAAUUUGGAUAAUCGUUGUUUGAAAAUAAUUGAUUUUGGUAUCUCAAGACGAUAUGAUGCAAAAGCUAAUAUUAAAGGAAUUUAUGGAACACCAGAAUUUAUUGCACCAGAAAUUCUUAAUUAUGAACCAAUCGGUUUUGGUACUGAUCUCUGGGCUAUCGGUUGUAUUGCCUACAAUAUGCUAUUUGGGAUAUCACCAUUCUAUGAAGAAGAAAAACAAGAUACCUAUACAAGAAUUACUAAACUUGAUUAUGAUAUUGACUGUGAUUCAACCAAUCAGAUUAGUGAUGAUGCAAGAGAUUUUAUACAACGUUUACUUGUCAAAGAUAUUCGAAAACGAAUGUCAGCCAGACAAUGCCUUGAACAUCGAUGGUUAUGUUCAAAUGAAUUAUCAUUGUCAUCUUCAUCAUCGAUUAUAAUCAAACAGCAAUCAACAAACGAUACUUGUGAUAUUAAUAAUUUUAAGAAUUACAAUGAUAAUACAACGAAUGGUAAAAGAAUUCGUAAUGAAAAUGUUCGACGUCGAUGGAAGACAUCAAUCUAUCUAAUAAUUUUAUAUAAUCGUCAUUUAAAACGAAAAUUAACAUCUUUAAUAUUAACACAAAAUAAUCGUAAUGGUAAAAAAUUUAUACAUCGUCGUUAUCAUAAUCAUCAUAAUGGACAAUUUAAAUCCAAACAUGGUAGUGGCGGAAGUGCAGCCAUAUCUUAUUAUUCAUCAUCAACAUUAUCAUCACCAGCAACAACAAUGACGAGAUCAUCAUCAAGAUCUUCAUUAUCAUUGAUGAUGAAUGAUAAACGAUCUAAAUAUAUUCAUCAUCAACAUCAAACUAAUCAUCAACAUUCAAAUUCAUCAUCACAAUCAUCGACAACAGAUGGCGGCAUAUUUGAUAACGAUAAUGAUGAAAAUUUUAUAUUGGCCGCCUUAUUUGGUGCUAUUGAAGAAGGAAAUCUACAUUCCAUACAGGAAUUAUUUCAAACAGCAUCCAACAUUGAUCCGAAUCAAUGUAACAAGCAUGGUGAAUCAUUAUUACAUUAUUGUGCUGGACUUGGACAAUUAGAAAUAUUUAAAUUUCUUUGUAAAAUUGGUGCCAAUAUUGAUGCUGUUGAUGAUCAAGAAGAUACGGUUGUACAUUGGGCAGCUAGACAAAAUCAUUCAAAUAUUAUCCGAUUUGUUUUUGAACAAACGGCUUCAAUUGAAAUUUUGAAUAAGAAUAAUGAAACACCAUUACAUGUUGCUGCACGUUAUGGUCAUGUUGAAGCCGUUGAACAACUAUGUAAAUGUGGUGCCAAUAUCAAUGCCAUUGAUGAGCAUGGAGAAACGGCCAUUUUGAUUGCCGUUUGGCAUGGUUUUCCUAAAAUUGUUCAUAUUCUUGGUGAAAUUGGUGCCGAUACAAAUAUAAUGAAUAAGGAAGAAGAAUCCGCCCUACAUGUUGCUUCAGCUCGUGGACAUUAUGAAUGUGUACGAUGUUUGUUGGAUGCCGGUGCCAACGCAAAUCUUCGUAACAAGAAUUCUUAUACACCAUUACAUUUGGCCUUAAAACGUCAACAUCAAAUGGUAGCCAUGUUAUUAUUAAAAGCUGGUGCUGAUUAUGAAUUACCUGAUGAUAAUGGUGAACGUGCUAUUCAUUAUGCUGCUCGUUAUAAUCUUGUAUCGAUUGGACAAUGGUUAUGCCAAAUGAAUCGUUGCCAGGUUAAUGUGCCAAAUAAACAUGGCCUUUAUCCAUUACAUAUUGCAGCUAAAAGUGGUCAUAUUGAAAUUGUUCGAACAUUAUGUUUAGCUGGUAGUGUUGUUGAUCAAAAAGAUAAAGAUUCAAUUAUACCACAGAUAUGUGCCAUUGCUCAAAGUCAUAAUGAUAUUGCCGAUCUAUUGACACGUUUACGUAAUGAACGACAAAAAGAAGAAUUUAUAACACAAUUGAUGCCCAUCCCAACAAAUCAACCAUUACCAAGAAUUAAAUUAAAAAUUUUUGGUCAUUCAGGUUCGGGUAAAUCAACAUUAAUUGAAUCGUUAAAAUGUGGCUAUUUUAGUAGCUGGUUUCGUCGUUCAAAAGGUCUCAAUAGUACUGUUUCAUUGAUGAAAUUGAAUAAUAUAAAUACAACAACAAUGAAUGGUCAGUCACAACUACAACAACAACAACCAAAUCGGCCGGCUAUUGAACCACAUCAUCAGCAACAAAAACAACAAAAGAAUGUAUCCAUAACGAAUGGUUGUGAAUUGGGCCGAUCAAAUCUUUCAAUCAUGAGCAAUGGAUCAAUGACCAGUCGUGAUCAUUCAUUCAUGAACAAUAACAAUGUGCCAAUGAUGAUAGGGCAACACCAACAACAACAACAGUCAAAUAAUGGAAUGAUGACAAAAAUGAUGAAUCGAACGGCAAAUAUCAAUCAUCAUCAUCAACAACAACAACAUUAUUAUUCGCAGCCAAAUUAUCAACAAACACAAACAAAAGGAAUCGAUUGCCAACAAAUGUAUAUAUCGGGUGUUGGCGAUUUAAGUGUAUGGGAAUUUAGUGGCCAUCCUGCUUAUCAUCAAAUAUAUGAUCAUUUUUUAGGUGAUGUACAUUGUUUAAAUGCAAUCGUAUUUCGUCUUUGUGAUUCGAUCGAAAUACAACUUGAUCAUAUUUUUUUCUGGUUGCAUUUUAUACAAAGUCGUAUGCCAAUAAUUGAACCAUUGUUAUAUUGUGGUAAAAGUCAACACUAUGCUAAAAUCAUAUUGAUAGCCACCCACGCUGAUCUGGCGCAACAAACAUUUUCUGCCGAUGAAAUUGAACAAAAUUUACAACAGAUUAUGAUGAAAGUAAUGGCAAAAUUUAAACAUGUAUUCGAAAUUUAUGGCAAUAUAUUUAUGAUGGAUGCUAGUGUUGCUGGUUCAGUUGGUAUGAAACAAUUGAAACAGUAUUUAAAUCAUGCCAAAUUAACGAUCGUACAAGAAUUGCCUCAUACUACCGGUUUUCUUGAUUCGGUUCUUACAUUUUUAAAUCUUUAUCGAAAAGUUUCGCCAAAUUUUCCUGUAUUAAGUUAUGAUCAAUUUAAAAAUAUGAUAAGAUCACAAAUCAAUCCAUUAUCUUCGGAUGAUCAUUUCAAAGAACUAGUCCAACAAUUAGAAAUUAUGGGUGAAAUUGUUUUCCUUAAAUCGACCAAUACUACUAAUUAUGAUUUAUUGGUACUCAAUCCUAAAUGGUUAAACUGUGAUAUUGUCGGUACAUUAUUAUUGAUGAAAGAUGAUCCCAACUAUAUGAUUAAUUUAAAUAAAACACAAAUAAUGGGAAUAUAUUCGAUUGAUGAAUUUCAAGAACGAUUCGAUGAUGUUGAUGCAUUAGAUUUAUUACAAUUACUUGAAUUACUUGCUGUUUGUAUACCGAAUGAUCAUUCUGGUGAUAUUGAAUAUGAAUUUCCAUGUUUUAUACUUGGUGGUGAUUGGGAAGAAAUAUUAGAUCGUUUCCAAUAUCGUGAUAAUUGUGUAUAUCAUGGAAUUGUUUUCCAUUUGGAACAAUCAUUAUUAUCAUUAUCACCAUCAUUUGGUUGUAUACUUACCAGUGUCUUUCCACGAAUACAAGCAAAUUUUCGUUCCGAACUACGAAAACAUCCAACAUAUAAUGUAUAUGAUCUUCAUAAUUGUUUUAAAUUCAGUCAUUUUACAAUCGAAGAAAGUAAUAUUAUGUUUAUCAUUUCAUUGAAUACAUCAACACAAUCGAUUGAAAUAAGAUUUUCUGGUCCAUAUGAUAAACGUCGUGAAUGUUUUUUCUUUAUGCAAGAAAUGGUUCAGAUAAUUGAACAAACUAUUAAUCAAUGUGCACCUGGUUUGAAUGUUGCCAAAUCAUAUAUGUCACCUGUACAAAUUAAAGAUCAACGUGAAAAUCUAAGCUAUUAUUCAUCUAGUUCAUUAAUGAAAUCAUUAUUAAUGAGUUCAAAUAAUAAAAGCACAACAAGUUUAUUGAAGAAAAAAAUUCAAAGUGAUGAUGGUGAAAUUGAAGAACGAAUUGGUGAUAUUCUUUGUUUUGGUAUCUGUGAUUUAACCGAAAUUAAUGUAACAAGUGGUGAACCAACAUUAGCAAAUGAACUUCAUUCAUCAAAUCUAUCAUUAUUAACAAAACAAAAAUUAUGUUCAUUAUUAGAUCCACCUGAAUCGAUUGGUCGUGAUUGGUGUAUGUUUGGCAUAUUACUUGGUAUGACGGAUAAAUUACCUAAAUUAGAUCCAGGAACAAAUGCUCAAUCAAGUCCAACUGCACGUGUUAUUGAAGAAUGUGUACGUAAUGUAAAUUGUACAAUCAAAAUGCUUGUUGAAAAAUUAUCCGAAUUAAAUCGUUUUGAUUGUGUGGAUGUAAUAUUACAAACUGGUCCAUUAUUACGAAUGUUUCCAUUGACAUCAUUACCGGAAGAUGGAAUUAUUUAUAAUGAUGAAUCAUCACAUACAAGUUUAGGUGUUAGUACAUUAUCACAUACAUCUAGUUCAAAUCUAUCACGUUGACAUCAAUCAAACAAGCUAUCAUCAACAUCACUGACACAGUCACACGUUAAUACGAAUAAUUUAUCAUCAAAGUAGAAAAGAAAAAUCAGAGCAAUCCGAAAUGAGACAAACAUU